AUGCAAUUGUAUGAAGAAAUGAAAGCAAACCGACAAAAUCAUAAAUCAUGUGAUCAAGCAUGUCUUACAGGUGUAAUCAGACUAGGAUAUUCAUCAAUUGUUGACUUAUGUUCUGAAUAUUCACAUGGAAUGUUUUCAUGGUUUGGGAAAGAGUGGAUAGAUAUAAAGAAGAAAGUAUAUAAGAUUGUUAAUAUGAAACCAAAAAGUUUUGAAGGAGAAGUUAAAAAAGUUAUUGAUGAUAGUAGAGAUCUGUCUGAAAUGGAUUAUGCAAUAAUUAUGACAGCACCAAUAAUUAGAAUUUUGUUUAAUGAUGUUUUAGAUGAUCUGGAGCUCCAUUGGGGUGAAACUAUAUCCACAGCAACUGGAGAUAACCAACGUAAAAUUGAUUUGAGAAUUGUACAUAGAGGGGAUGGCACAGAACUCAGUCAUACAGAAUGUGCCAAAUCACCUACUCCAGGAAAAGCUAUUCGUGAUAGGUCAAAAUGUUUGCAAACUUUAAAGUGUGUUCUUGAUGAAUAUUUAAAAAAAGAUUUAUCAGAAAGUGAUGUUAAAGACUCAAAAAUGAUAGGCAUCCAAUUUUCUG